AUGAGACCUUUUGUGUUAUUGUCUACUUUAGUGGCACUGGCCAGUGCCAGACCUGAAGCAGGAUACAGCUACAGCGCCCCAUCUAACUCAUACGGAGCUCCAUCUGGUAGCGGUGGAGGCAUCGGAGGUGGAUUAGGAGGAGGACACGGUAGUUUUGGAGGUAGCGCAGGUCUCAUUGAAGCAGGUGGUCACGGCGGCAGUAUUGGAGGAGGCAGUGGAUUAGGAGGUGGAUUCAGUAGCGGAUUCGGAGGUAGUAUCGGCGGUGGAUCUGGAAGAUUCGGAGGUGGUUUCGGCGAUGGUGCUGGUAGCGGAUUCGGUGGUGGAUUCGGAGGUGGUACUACCACCGUCCAAAAACAUAUUUACGUUCACGUACCCCCACCAGAACCUGAAGAAUUCAAACCACAAAGACCAAUCCCUGUUCCUCAAGCUCAAAAACACUACAAAAUCAUCUUCAUCAAGGCACCAAGUGCACCUGCUCCAACUGCUCCAGUAAUUCCAGUCCAACCACAAAACGAAGAAAAGACUUUGGUCUACGUUUUGGUUAAAAAACCAGAAGAAGCUCCAGAAAUUACCAUCCCAACUGCAGCACCAACUCAACCCAGCAAACCUGAAGUAUACUUCAUCAAAUACAAGACACAAAAAACAGCUGAUGGUGGCUCUGGAUUCGGAGGUGGUAUUGGAGGAGGAAUCGGAGGUGGUAUUGAAGGAGGAAUCGGAGGUGGUAUUGGAGGAGGAAUCGGAGGUGGUAUUGGAGGAGGAAUCGGAGGUGGUAUUGGAGGUGAUCUUGGAAGCGGAGAUGGACUCGGAGGUGGUCAUGGUUCCGGUAUUGGAGGUGGUCUUGGAUCAGGAAUCGGAGGUGGACACGGAAGUAUUGGUGGAUCAAGUGGUGGUGUUUCUACCAGCUAUGGACCACCUGGUAAAUCCGGAUCUUACUAA